AUGACGACGUUAGGCCGACGUAUUGAACCAAAACCGCCAUCAACAACAGCAGUAGCAUCAACAUACUUGUCUGAAACUGUACCAUACUUGCUUUUUUCAAUUCCUCGGCAACAGUCUAUGCUUACUGUACGGAAGAAACAUUUUCCAGUGCAUACAGUUCUUGUCGAUAAUCAAAGUUUGCAGUCGAAAUUGGACUCAACUAUAGAAGGCAGAGUAUUUAUGCAUUAA